ACUUGAAUCCUCACCUCACUGUUGCUGUUUACAUUUUACUUGUUUUUUUAGUUGAAGGGUACUUUCGCGCGACGUAAAGAUACCGAAAUGGUGUUAAUGAACUCCUUUAAGUAUCCGGAAUCCGAUAUCAAAUGCCAGUCGGAGGACGUUAAGGUUUUCUUAGACAAGAAAGAUCUGGGAACCGGCACUUUGUUUGUCAGCGAAAGUACUUUAUGUUGGAAGCAACGGGAAGAUGUCGGCUGGACCAUCGGUUACACAAAUAUCUCUCUACAUGCCAUAUCCAAAGACACAAACAUUCACCCAAGCGAUUGCGUUUACAUAAUGACCGACGGUCGUCUUACCAUGCCUGGAGACACUCCGCCUUCUGAGGAAGAUAAGGAUGAUAGCGAUGUAGAAUCUAACACAGAUAUAUCUGAAAUACUGCUUAUACCAGCAAACGAUGAGUCUAUUUCACAGAUUUACGAAGCUAUAAAAGUGUGCCAAGAAUUGAAUCCAGACCCAAUGGAUGAAUAUGAUGAGGAUUUGAGUGAAGAUAAUGAUGAUAAUCUCUACGAAGAUGCAGAAGAUGACAUGGAAGAGGCUGAAUAUGAAAUAAGAGAAAGAGGAGGCGGUGAUGCAGACAUCGAUGAUUUGGCUAGAAGAAUUCAGUCCAACAGUGUCGAUGUCCACUUUGAUUACAGAAGCAAUGGGAACGAUGACGAAGAUUUCCAAGAUGCCGAUUAAAUGCUUAGUUUAGUUAUACUUACGUUUUGUACUUUCUGUAUUUAU